AGAGAGAAACACUGACUUAAAAUCCUUUGCCGGCUGAAAUCCUGGCAAAUGUGGUUGGGAAAAAUGAGACCGAGCAUCCUGCUUUGAUAUUCAGAUCCUGGGCUGUCCUUGCUCCUGCGGUUUGGGAAGUGAGGCUGAGGCUUGGCAAAGAGCCUCUUACAUGCCAGCCUCUGCACUGGCUUGUAAGAGCUGGGAAUGCUAGAAGGAGACUCACUUCCCGAAGAGAGAAAACAAGGAAAUGAACCCAGCUGGGUGCUAUCCAUGCUCUUCAGGCGGGACCUGAUUUAUUCUGCAGGAAGACAAGUCCUGAGAUGGAGUGGAAAGGGUCUGUGAUGACUUAUUAUGGGGUAUAGCUAUUGCUUAGCUCAUCAAGGAUCCUAGCAAUGUGGAUCUGGGUCCUUGCCCUGAUCUUUCCACAUAUACCCUUUGCCUGCUUUCAUCCCUCAGCAAUUCUGGACACUGUCAACUGCUCACAGGGUCUGGGCUGCAGGAUUCUGGAGGUGGAUGGGUUGUGUGGAGAAACAGUGCCCGAUCCCGACCGAGGUGCAAUCCUGACGCUGACCCACAUGGAGAUGAGCAACACGCUUCGGUGCCAGAAACAGAAAGACUGCAUCCCUUGUGUGCAGGUGACACUACGCCUUGGCCUGCUGGAGCCGCCUGCACUGGAUGCAAAGCAAAAUGGAGGAGCAGAAAAGAGCAGCAUGUCGUCCAAGAGACAUCAUGGCAACACUGGGGAAGUCCUGCAAACACAUGUACUGCUUUCAUCUUGGACAUAUCCUUCUUCCCGGUGUGUUACGGUAGAGAUUAGGCUUCCCCAUGGUCAUGACUGGAACAACAGCAGCCUGGGUUUCCUCCAUUUUGACUGCUUCCCAGUUGCUAUUCGUGGGGAGUUGUAUGUCACAGCCUUCACCAACCCUUCCUAUCCGUCUGCGGGUUUGUUACAACUCACACACUACGGCCCAGAUUGUACCUGGCAUAAAGCUCAAGAUGCUGUUCGCCUCUGCCAAGUGCCCAAGUUGGAGGCCUCAGUGGGCCCAGAGGAGGCUGUGCUUCAUGUGUCAGAUGUACCUGAAGGACUACAUUUCCACCUACUGCUGUAUCUGAAUCAGACAAGUAGAUUUGAAAGCAUGGGCGAAGGGACAACCAUGUUGACAGGGCCUGAGAAUGUGAACAUACCUAUUUCCUGGGUGCUUCCCUGUCUAUGCCUGCAGGUUUGGCCCGAAGUGGAAGACCAAGAAGACCCUCCCCGAACCCACCUGUGCCCUUUUGCAAGCAAUGCUGAAGCUUUGUCCAGAGCCUGGGCCCAGAGCCACCUUGACCUGGAAGCUUUUGAAGGGACCCUCAGUUGCUCCAUCUCUGCUCCAUGUGACCUCUCAGGGGUGAUAGUUCCCUGCUGGAGAGGGGAACGGAGUGCUUGCCAUCCACUGCACCCCCAGCUACAUAUGACUCUCAUUCUACAUGUACCACAAGAAUUUCCAGGACUGAGACCACAUCCCAACCUCUGUGUGCAGGUCAUUAGCAAUGGAACCAUCUACCUCCAGAGAUGUUUGCAAGAAGAGAGCGCUGGGCCCCAUUUGCUGCUUCGGAAGACUCCCGGUUCCCAAGGAAACGCUUCUGCUCACGUCUUGGAGGAGGGCAAGUGGGUCCUCAUCAGUCAGGCCGCCAGCACAAGAAAUGGGUUCCUGGAAGAAGCCCUGGAGCAUGACCUACAGUCAGGCGAGUGCAUGCUGUUGUGGGAAGCAGUGGAUAAUGAAACUGGCAUGCUCUGGGCGUGUUCACUGGAGAAAUAUCAUCGAACACGCUGGGCACCAGCCUGGAUGAUAACUCUGUUUGGGCUCUGCUUUAUCCUGCUUGUGUUGCUUCUCAAGAAAGAAGCGCUGAAAGACUGGCUCAGGAUCCUGAAAGAGGAUUACACCUCUGGAGGAGUGUUUCAGGGCCAGCACGUCCUCCUUCUCUACUCCCCAGACCACCGAGGCUUUGAGCGUCUGGUGGGCACCCUGGCAGGGGCCCUGAGCCAACUGCAGCUCUCCGUCUCCCUGGAACUGUGGAGCCGUGGGGAAAUGCGAUCCCUGGGGCCCAUGCAAUGGCUCCACGCCCAGAAACAUCGGGUGCUGCAGGAAGGCGGCGUUGUGGUGCUGCUUUUCUCCCCGGGAGCUCUAGCCGGGUGUGCCCAGUGGCUGGGCUGGGAACAGAAUGCCACCCUGCUCUCGCCGGACAAACCUGACAGCACUUUCCUGGCUUCCCUCAACUGUGUCCUGCCGGACUUUCUGGUUGGAAAGGCGAGGGACAAAUAUAUAGUUGCCUGCUUCGAGGAGCUCCUGCCGGUGGACAAGAUCCCUCCCCUCUUCCAUUCGGUGCCGGUCUAUGCUCUGCCGUCGCAGCUUUUCAGCUUCUUGCAAACUUUGGCCGGCCUCAAGGGCAGGGCCCACCCGCAGAGGGGCAACCUAAAGCGCCAUGCCGUGUGGAUCAGCAAGAGCCUGGAGCGUGCCGUGCGGGAGUGUCAGCAAAAGCAGGCCAGCUGGCAGCACGAGGUGCCACUGCUGACUCCCCAGCCUGCUGACGAGGAGACCAAAGGGGCUGAUUAUCCUUUUGCAGCCUCCUAACAGAGAAAUGUUUGGGAGCUGCCAGGGAUGGGGAUUUGAGUUGUGGGACUCCCGGUCACGUUGGCCUUAAGUUUCACUGGUGACUCGACUCGUUUUUUAUUUUUUUCAAUGACUCAUGCUCAACUCGUGACU